AUGGUAUGUUUUCAAUAUAUUCCUCAGGCAUUUAAUAAGGAUAAUCUACCUUCAAAUAAAUAUGUAAAUAAUUUACUUGGAAAUGAUAUGAUCAUUGAUUUAUUAUCCAAAGCUGAUUCUAAAAAUUCUUCUGAGGUAGAUGAAUGGAUAUAUAAAUUUAAUUCAGAUGCUAUGGUUUAUUAUAAUACAAUAAGAAAGCAAUGUACUGAAAAACACAAGAAUGAAAAUUGUUGCAGAGAUAUAAAUUAUUCUCUAGAUUUCAUAACUUCAGUAAUUAAUUUAUCCAGCUUUACUAAUGCAUCAGGUAAGUACAUGAUUGAUAUGCUUGAAGAAUUCUGGAAUAAUAAACUUAACACCUCUGAUUAUGUGUGUGAAAGAAAAAAAUCUUCUAAUUAUGAAGAACACCUUAAAAAUAAAUGGCAGAAAAUACUUGUAGACAAAAAAUCUAGUAUUAAAAAUAUAAUAAUCUCUAACGAUGGUAUGUCUAAAACUGUAUCCUUUCAUGAUUUUUUUUUAAAAUAUGAUUCUCUAAAAUCAUUAAAUAUUAACAUUAAUAAAAACGUUAAUAUAAUAUUUUUUGAGGAAAAUGAAUUUUCCCCAAAAUUGAAAGGAGAUUUAUCCACAUCAACUGAGCCAAGAAGUAGGAGACCUUCGGAAAUUAAUCCUACAGAACAAAUGUCUUAUAUUGAAACAUAUAAAAUAUAUAAUAAUAAUUUUCCAGAUAAAAAGUUGUCCAUUGUAGUUUUUAUUCUUUUGGGAUUUAUUACAAUAUGUAUAAUGCUAUACAAUGUAAUAAAAAAUAUAUAUUUCACCUUGCUAGGAACAUGGUUAAAUAAUAGUAUAAAAUGUAAUAAAUUCAUACAAAAAUAUAUUUGUAGAAAUAAAACAGAAUCAUCAUUAUCGAAAAAAGAUUACAACAAAUUAUAUAUUGCUUACAAAUUUUUGAUAACUAUUAUGAAAAUAGCAUUUGAAUUAUAA